UUUGGUGACCAGCUGUGUGAUACCGCUGGAAGAUCAACUUUGCAGGAUCAGCUUUCAGGAGCCACUUCAGUGAUACCAGCUUGAGGAGACCAGCUGGGUGAGACCAGCCUGCUGAUACCAGCUUGGGAAGACCAGCUUAUAGGUACCAGCUUGGGAAGACCAGCUUAUAGGUACCAGCCUGCUGAUACCAGCGUGGGAAGACCAGCUUAUAGGUACCAGCCUGCUGAUACCAGCGUGGGAAGACCAGCUUAUAGGUACCAGCCUGUUGAUACCAGCUUGGGAAGACCAGCUUAUAGGUACCAGCCUGCUGAUACCAGCUUGAGAAGACCAGCUUAUAGGUACCAGCCUGCUGAUAGCAGCGUGGGAAGACCAGCUUAUAGGUACCAGCCUGCUGAUACCAGCUCGGGGAGACCAGCUUUCUGAGAGCAGAGGGAACGGAUGUGUAUCUGACUGGGUGUGGAGGACGAGAACAAGAGCACUCGCAGUUCUGCUGGAAUCCCCAGACUAGCUUGCGGCAUCGAUCCUGGCAGGCCACAGACGCACACCCAGGAAGUCUCUCCUUCGGUCUGGAGCCGCAGCGAACCUGGGGAACUGCAGGCUGCGCUUCAGGAUUAGCAUUUUCUGGAAGUGCAUCUUUGCCUUCAAAAACUUCAAGAGUCGCUGAGUGACUGACAGCAUAGCACUGAGGAGAGCCCAUCGUGAGCAGGCAGGGUAACCAGGAGACCACCGCCCCCCUAGAAGCGAUGGCCCAGCCGUUCCCCCCGUCCCAGUUCCCCCCACAGAGCUGCCUCCACGCAGAGUUUGGGGUGCCCCACCCAGCGCAGGACUUCACGGGCCAGGGCACCCUGCCGGAGCACCCCCUGGCCCUGUACCCCCCCACACAGACGCCUGGCAAAACGCCGGGGACAGAGGGCGGCUCCGCCCCCAUCACCGGCACCAUCACCACCCCGCACAUAGAGGACGUAGCGCACACAGAGCCCGCCCAGCAGCUGCACCUCCAGCAGCUGGAGCCCUCGGAGAAGCAGCAGCCCAAGCGGCUCCACGUGUCCAACAUCCCCUUCCGCUUCCGCGACCCCGACCUGCAGCAGAUGUUUGGGCAAUUUGGGAAGAUCUUAGACGUGGAGAUUAUCUUUAAUGAGCGAGGUUCCAAGGGCUUCGGGUUUGUAACGUUCGAAACGAACGAGGAGGCAGAACGGGCCCGGGAGAAGCUGAACGGGACAAUCGUAGAGGGACGCAAGAUAGAGGUCAACAACGCAACAGCAAGAAUAAUGACGAACAAGAAAAUGUGUCACCCUUAUGUAAACGAUUGGAAACUGAACCCGGUGGUGGGAGCUGUCUAUGGUCCUGAACUCUAUGCAGUGACGGGUUUCCCGUACCCGGCCACCGGGGCGGCGCUAGCGGCGUACAGGGGAGGACAGGUGAGAGGCCGGGGCCGUGGCCUUUACAGCGCCUUCCGGACUGCGCCCCCAGCCCCGCCCCUCCCGGGGUACGGAGCAGUGCUCUACCAGGAUGGCUUCUAUGGAGCAGAGAUUUAUGGGGGCUACACGUACAGAUACACCCAACCUGCCACAGCGGCCACCUACAGUGACAGCUAUGGCAGACUCUAUGCAGCAACAGAGCCCUACCACCACACCAUCAACCCCUCCCCCGCGUACAGCGUGGGCACCAUGGCCGGCCUAAGCAGAGGGGCACAGGGUCGCUUCACCCCUUACUAAACAGUUAAAAGAAGGAGCGCUGUACUGACUAACAGUGGACACCACAGAAGAAGAAGACUUGGGGAGCGGGGUGGGCGGGGGGGGGGGCAACACAAAUGAGAAAUGAAUGAGACCGAAAACAGCGUCUAAAAAACUGAGGAACGGAAUCCUCCUCUCACGGCUGACAGAGAGCAUGUGGCACGUCACCAUGGCAACAGCAUCGCCAGGCAUGAGGGGCGGAGCCAAAGGACCGCCCUCCCGGCCGGAUGGAAGAGAGCGUCCGUCAUCACAAGACAUUUUUAUUUUUCUACAGUCCUAUGAUUUCACACAGUAAAAAAAAAUAAAGAAGUAUGCACAUAUAUAUACAGUAUAACUUUAUAAUUUAUUUUGGUAUGGGAACAUGGGGUAAAUGGAUGUGGGAGAUUUCACAGGGCCACAUAGUACUUCCUAGGUCAGCUUCCUGGGGACAGGAAGAACACACUGACGGGGUGUUUACCUCAACCAACCCUGAUGUGUGGCCCAGGACCCUGUUUCAGCCCGGUUUCUGCUAAUCCCGCCCCCUCUAGCACAAACGUUUGAUUGACAGGUGAGCAGACCAUCCCAAACAUAGAGGGCCUCAUUCUUCUGUGUGGGAGUUUGCUUCUAAACAUAUACCUCUCCGUCUCUCCCAAAGCACUCAAUUACGCUCCCCCAUGUAAACAUAUACACAUGCUGUACUCUCUCUGCCAAACCCUAAAAAAAAGAGUCCUUUCUUUCUUUUUUCUUAACCUGUUUAUGCAAAUCUUUCUAUUUAAAGUUAAAUAACGAAAAUAAAUGUAUGCACUGAAAGAUGUCAACUUGUUCUCUUAAUGAACUGCCUUUGUUUUGUUUCUCUAUGCUUUGAAUGCAUUCCAGUACUAUUUAUUACUGUGUACUAUGAUUGUUGUAAUUACUAUAUUGUUACUCAUAUUGAUAAUAAAGAUGUCUCUUUUCGGUGAGAAA